AUGCCAUGCGGCCAGGCAAAAGUACAGGAGCAGCUUGUCGACGAUGUCGAGAGAGAAAGCAGCGUUGCGAGUAUCAAGAUCAGGCCGCCUGUCGAAAUUGCAGGUCGGCCAAAGCUGGUCAGUCUCAUCAGCUCUUUCCAACAAAUUGCAGCUGCUAAGACAAGUCUCACAGAAUGUAUCCCAGCCAACCAAAACCGUACAGACACAUACUCUGUCUCGUAUGUAAAUGGCCUGGAAGAACAGGUAGCAGGUCUCCUGGGACGCGUUAGUCAGCAUAGUUCGGACUCAACAAUACCAGGUCAUCCUAUCUCUGACGGCAAUUUGGCCCAUAAUACGCAGCCCAAUGAAUACACGGAAUCGCAAAGCUUCAUUAACUCCCUGGAGGGACUUCACACACCCGCCGUAUCUGCUCUGGGGAACACAGGUUUUGACUUUUUGUCAUACCAGGACGAGAAUUUGUUCUCCAUCACGCAGCAACCGUCUAGUCACAUCGAUAAUCCAGCAGACUUGGUUAGUUACUCGGGAGAUCCUAUGAAUCCCUCGGCAGGUGCGACAGCAGCCGACAUCGUAGUCUGCGAAGGGGCCUCCUUCUUUCAAACUUACUUUGAGGUCAUCCACCCUCGCUAUCCCUUCCUCGACAUCGAGGAAUGUAGUGCAGCCUAUCUCAAAUGGAAGAUGGGCGAGAUGGCCGAUGGUGACGACAAAGCUUGGCCUACACGUCUUCUGAAGCUAAUCUUUGCCAACGGUGCCAUUUUGCAGCACGUGGGGUUCCAUCACAAGGUCCACCGCCAGUACCAGGAAUUGGCUCUCCAACAACAGAACAUUACAAUGUAUUCCUCCUUAGGGCCACUCGCUCGAUUGCAGGCCAUGCUUCUCCACGCUUUCUACGCUCUUCAUGGUGAAAACACAGAGCAAGUUGUUCAUGAUGUCGGCAUUGCGAUGCGCUUCGCCAUCCUGCAUGGAUUUCAUCGCCUCACUAGCGAUGGUACUCAUGAAACGGACAACAAGAUCAAGACUUGGUGGUCUAUUUACUGGUAG